AUGCGCCUAGGCUCAUUUAAAGCGCCCUCCAGGAGGGCUACGCUCCAGCUGGAAGAGAGUCCAGCUGCCUCGCUCAACCCGGAGCCUCCGAGCGCCGCAGUCCCCGACGGCGUCCCCGCGGGCACGAGCGGCUCCCCGGGACGCCCGGAGAGGCGCCCGGGGCCGUGCGCGCCGCCGGGGCUGGAGGAGGCGCUGAGCGCGCUGGGGCUGGAGCGAGAGCGCGAGUACGCAGGGGACAUCUUCGCCGAGGUCAUGGUGUGCAGCGCGCUGCCCCGGAGGGCCCUGCCGCGCACCGUGACCCCGGAGAUGCGCGCGCUAGUGGUGGACUGGCUGGUCCAGGUGCACGAGUACCUGGGCCUGGCGGGGGACACGCUCUACCUAGCCGUGCACCUGCUGGAUUCCUACCUGCGCGCGGGCCGAGUGCGCCUACGCCGCCUGCAGCUGCUGGGCGUGGCCUGCCUCUUCGUGGCGUGCAAAGUGGAAGAGUGCGUGCUUCCCGAGCCCGCCUCCCUCUGCCUCCUGGGCGCUGGCUCCUUCUCGCGGGCGGAGCUGUUGCGCGCCGAGCGCCGCAUCCUGAGCCGCCUGGAUUUCCGGCUGCACCACCCGGGCCCGCUCCUUUGCCUCGGGCUGCUCUCCGCGCUGGCCCGGAGCAGCCACCAGGUGACGCUGCUUGCCACCUACUUCCUGGAGCUGUCCCUGCUGGAGGCCGAGGCCGCAGGAUGGGAGCCCGGCCGCCGCGCAGCUGCGGCGCUGAGCCUGGCGCACCGCGUGCUCGACGGGGCGGGCUCCGGGCCCGAGCCGGCGCUCUACAGCCCCGCGGAGCUGGGCCCACUCGAGCCGUGCAUGGCCCGCGCCGCGCUCCGAGGCCCCGCGCCCGGCCGCGCCGCCGUCUUCCUCAAGUACGCGCGGCCCCAGCGCCGGGGCACCAGCCUCGCCGCCGCCCGCCUCCUCCGCCGCCCCCAGCCGGCGCCUCGCUGA